GAUUGUAAAACAAAAUCGUGAAACUUCGGUCCGCGGUCAGAGAGAAGGAAAUAGAUCCAGAGAGCAUCUUCCACUUCCUGCUAAACAGAAACUCUCGAUCCACUCCAACAACCCUAACUCUGCCCCUGUUUGCCUCCUAGGAGAGUUUUUCCUGGAAAUUCCUCCUCUCUUUUCAUUUCUCUCCUGGAAGCUUCCACUAAUUUGACGGAUCUGUUUUCAGUGUUGAAUCUUUGUUUUUGUUUCAUUUUCUCGGGAAACAGUUUUCCCGAGAAUGAGGCGGAGAGCCGCGGAUUUUCGGAGGCCGGUGAGGAGGCGAUUUUCGAAUGUGUUCUGGUUGACAUUGUGCGGAUUGGCUGUUUUGCUUCUCAUUCUUGUGCUCAGUCGAGAAAGCGGUCCGGGAUCAAGACCGCCGAUGAGUAAGAGAGCUUACAGGCAGGAGAGAAUUAUGGAGGGCCUUAAUAUUACCGAUGAAAUGCUGAGCCCAAACUCAGUUACAAGGCAACUUAGUGAUCAAAUUUCACUAGCCAAAGCUUUUGUUGUGAUUGCAAAAGAAAGCAACAAUCUCCAAUUUGCAUGGGAAUUAAGUGCCCAGAUCCGCAACUCGCAGAUCCUCCUUUCAAAUGCUGCAAUUAGACGAAUGCCUCUGACAAUCAGAGAGUCAGAAACUGCAAUCCGUGAUAUGGCUCUUUUGCUCUAUCAAGCUCAGCAGCUCCAUUAUGACAGUGCAACCAUGAUCAUGAGACUGAAGGCUAAAAUUCAGUCUCUUGAAGAACAGAUGAAUAGUGUAAGUGAGAAAAGUUCAAAGUAUGGGCAGAUAGCUGCUGAAGAAGUCCCGAAAGGUCUGUACUGCCUCGGUCUUCGCUUGACUAAUGAAUGGUUCAAAAACAUAAAUCUACAGAGGAAACCCAGGGAUAGAAAGCACAUGGAAAUGAAGCUUAAAGAUAACAGUCUCUACCAUUUCUGUGUCUUCUCUGACAACAUCCUUGCAACUUCAGUUGUGGUCAAUUCAACUGCUACAAAUUCCAAAUACCCAGAUAAGGUUGUCUUCCACGUAGUAACUGAUGAAGUAAACUAUCCUCCGAUGAAGGCCUGGUUCUCAUUGAACAGUUUCAAGGGUGUGACCGUCGAGGUUCAAAAGAUCGAAAACUUUAGCUGGCUAAAUGCUUCUUAUGUUCCUGUUCUUAAGCAGCUCCAAGACUCCGACACAAAGAACUAUUAUUUCUCAGGAAACCUUGACAAUGGGCAGACACCCAUCAAGUUUCGGAAUCCCAAGUAUCUGUCUAUGCUUAACCACCUUCGGUUCUACAUUCCAGAAGUCUUUCCUGCACUGAAGAAGGUGGUGUUUCUCGACGAUGAUGUUGUGGUUCGUAAGGAUCUGUCGGAUUUAUUCUCCAUUGAUCUGAAUGGCAACGUCAAUGGAGCAGUUGAGACAUGCAUGGAGACAUUUCACAGAUACCACAAGUACCUGAACUACUCUCACCCCCUCAUACGAUCACAUUUCGAUCCUGAUGCAUGUGGGUGGGCGUUUGGGAUGAAUGUUUUCGACUUGGUGGAAUGGAGGAAAAGGAACGUCACCGGCAUCUACCACUACUGGCAGGAAAAGAACGUAGACCGAACAUUGUGGAAACUGGGGACACUGCCACCGGGAUUGUUAACAUUCUAUGGAUUGACAGAGGCAUUGGAUCCCAACUGGCACGUACUGGGAUUGGGCUACACGAACGUCAACUCUCAGAUGUUGGAGAAGGGGGCGGUGCUCCACUUCAAUGGCAACUCAAAGCCGUGGCUGAAGAUUGGAAUGGAAAAGUACAAGGCGCUGUGGGAGAAGUAUGUUGACUACACACAUCCUUUGUUGCAACAAUGCAACUUCCAUUGAUUUCGGAUAGGGAAGGUGGGGGUAGGUGUGGAUGGGUGGUUGGGUAUCUUCCACUUCCACAACAAAACUGGGGGCCGUAAAAAGGGGCUGAAAUUUUUGUACACAGGAAUGGGUUGUAGAAUUGUAGUGAGAGAUGAAGCAAGUGGUGGAGAGAGUGGAGUUGUUGUAAUAUUGGUAUUUAUUUGUUAUUCACUACUUAGAUGGUUUCAUAUUCGAUUGAAGAUACCAUUGGUCCUUUUUCA